GAGAUCUCAAUGCAAAUCUCCAUGCCAAUAAGAACAUACAUGUCAGCUAGCCAGAUAACUAAGAAAUUCAAAGUCGAUUUCAUGCCCCAUCAAGAGCGCUUGAAAAGGUCAUGGUUUCACGUUUUAUGAAUUGUUUUGGGUAAAGCUAUUAUCCUCGUAAUGCUUUCCUUUUUUUGUCCUUUCUAGAGCUAUUUACUGUUUUUUUCUUUCCUUUGAUGUCAAAAUUUAGUUGAUAUCUUUAGCUAUAUUUUGCUGUAUCUUUUGAUUCAAUUUUGUUGUUCUGAUGUACUCAGUGUGUGUUGAUGUUAUUGUUGUUGUUUCCUUUGUCUAAUUCACUGUUUUUUAACUAUUUUUUCAUCAGAGAUGUUCGUCAACCUCUCUCUCAAAUUCGACUGAGUGUUUCUAUGUCCCUUGGAGCUGGACAGAUCAUCUUCAUCGCCGGAAUAAACGCCACAGAAAACAAAGCUGCCUGUGUUACAAUAGCAGCUCUGAUGCAGUAUUUCUUGAUGGCCGCUUUCUGUUGGAUGCUGAUCGAGGCAAUUUAUCUUUACUUCUUCGUUGUGAAAGUUUACAACAUUAACACCAAGAUGCACAUGUAUCACGUCAUCUCAUGGGGUCUUCCAGUGAUCAUGGUGGUCAUUUCACUUAGCAUCGCUGCCGGGAAAGAAGGGUUACAAAGCUAUACGAGUGAUAAAUAUUGCUGGCUUUCCUCGACUAACAACCUGACCUGGAUAUUCGCCGCCUUUGUGGCUUUCAUUGAAACUCUCAACAUCUUGAUACUCGUACGCGUUAUAAAAGAGAUCCCCAAUUUGGUGCAGCCAAUAGCAGAAGACAACCAUUUUCAGCAAAUACGACUUGGCAUCAAAGCAUGCUUGGUGAUAAUUCCCCUACUGGGUGUCACGUGGCUAUUUGGUCUCCUUUCGCCAGUGCAUAAAGCUUUCGCCUACAUCUUCACCAUACUCAACUCUACUCAGGGUUUCCUGAUUUUCUCUCUACACUGCAUGCGAAACACUCAGGUAAGGAAAAUAAACAAACUAAUUGUUAACUCCGUAUCAUCAAGUUUUAGUUUUUCGAGAGAUAUCCGAGUACAAGUGCUAGGAAUGUGUUUCGCGUCGCUCGUCUAUCUGCAGAUCAGAGAGCGUUUCAAAAGAAAGAUGAACAUCGUUUUUCGAUCUUCUAUAAAGAGCAGCUCCACAAGGAAGAGCUCACAGGUCAAUCCAAGUGAGGUUGGGGAUGUAUGGGCAGUUAAAUUGCAGUCUUGUGCUCAGUUUUAAUCGAAAUCGCACCUAACUUAAAUAACUGGAUCCAACCAACCGGAAAUGACAGUCAAUUACUUAUUGCAAUCACUUAGUUAACAGCAUAAAGUCGGUUACGAUCGAUCUGACUUGCGAUCUGCAGCUAAAAAGAGGUUUUUCUUUUCAUAAUUGUUUAAGCACUCAACUAACUGUAAUUGUAAUCUAUCUUCUUUACGAUAACAAGUUUAUUUUCUGGGCGAUAGUAUACUUGAAGGCAAGAUUCAUCGAAAUAAACAAAUCUAUAAAUUCAAAUUUCUAAUAGCUCAGUAUCUUGAUGACUUUCCUUCGAGUAAGACCACAGUCCACUAUAGACAAGGCGGGAAUUUAAGCCAAGAUAUCACGAAUUGUCUUUCUUUAAGAAGCACUCUAGCACGCAGCUUUAAUUGAAUGUAUUUAUCUUUCGAUUCUUGCGCGCUAAAUUUCUGCGCUUACUGCAUGAUUAUUUCAUAUUCGAUAUUUCACUCAUUGAGUUUACAAACUUCUCACCAAACACUGUUAUUACUUUAGAUAAUAAGCUAUGAAUAAUGACUGAAACUAUUGGUUUCUAGAAAUUUCGAGAAUGCCCAGUCAUGCAAAAAUGCAUACCAAGGGACCUUCUGGAGUAUUUUAUUAGGUUAAAUAGUUAUGAUGUAACACUACCAAUAUCGUUGUGUUGUAAGCGUCCGGAAUUUGCGAGAAUACUUUGUACAUAAGGACACAGUCGUGCAGCAGUAGUAAUUGUUGUCGGGAGGGACUGACUCUUCAGAAAGCUAUACCAAGAGAGAGCAACCGUGGAAGAUUGUUAAUCUCGAGUUACUUUGGAGACAACUUCGAGAUUGUGUCAGUGGUGAGCAAAGAAAUAGUUUGUGGUUGUCUCUUUAAGGAUAAUUAUUCUACUUCUUUAAGAGUCGCUCCUUGGCAAGAAUAUUACAAGUUGUUUAAUAAAUUAAUUGGGUCUGUUGAUAAA